UUGGGAAGAUUUGCAUGUUUCUUUAGCCAGUAGUUGAGAUUGUGAAAAGUGGAUAGUUGAGAUUGUGUGUAUUUAUUAUUAUUAUUAUUAUUUUUCAGCCCUUUUUUGAAGACUGAAAAAGCCCCGCUUGGCUUAUACUCAGAUCAUCACAACAAACAUGGCCAAGCUACUCAUAGGUGCCGUCGUCGGCCUGGGCGGAGCCACUGUGGGAGUACCGUUGGCACUCGGCGCCCUGGGCUUCACCGCCGCGGGGAUUGCAGCGGGAUCGGUGGCUGCAGGAAUGAUGUCAAGCGCUGCCACUGCCGGCGGGGGAGCGGUGGCCACUGGUAGUCUUGUGGCCGUUCUGCAGUCCAUUGGUGCUGCCGGACUGUCAACAGCAGCUACAGCGGCUAGCUCUGCGACUGGAGCCCUGGCAGCUGCCGUUUUGUUUUGACAAAAAACUGCUAGCCCUGUCCAUCAAGAGAAAGAUGCUUCACCAUAAUUUUCCUCUUUUAUAAUUGCAAUGGCACUUGACUCACUUGUGUCUCUUCUUCCUGCAUUUUCCUGCCGCUGUGCAUAAAAUAAUAAAGCUUUAGCAAGAUUAACCAA